UCUACAUCAGCCUCUACAUCAGUUUCGCCCCCACCUUAAACAACAAGUAAUUUAAAAGUAAAGGAAAAAAGAAAGUUUUAAGAUGUUUUCCUCUGUGCUGUUUCCUCUCUCUCUACUCGCGCUCUGCGGUGUGUUCGCUUCUGUAUCGGGAUCGCCCGCUGUGGAGCAGGUCUACAGGGACGUGGUCAGCGCGGUGUCUCCGGGACAGCAGUCUCUGACCUGGGAGUCGCUUCACACCCUCUUUAAUACACUGGAGAACCGUGUGCAGUGCGGCGAAGUGCCGUGUGAAAAGUGCAAUCUACUAGGCGGCGUUCACCAGCUCAUCACCAAUCACUCCGGCCACACGGAGGAUGAAACUGGAAAAGGCAGUGAAAAUGUGACCAUCGGUGUUUCUCAGUUCACUCACCUUGCUGCUGGCUGCGUCCUGUACCUGACUGCUCCUGACCUGGUCUGCACCUUAGUACGGCAGGGGAGGUGGGGUGAGGAGACUGAACAUUUCCUACACGAGAUCACACAUGAGGAGCAUCAUGAACAUGAACAUGAACAUCACCACCACCAUGAACACAUGGACGUUCAUGGAUUAGAGACACUGCUUCAAAAGAUUCACCACGACUAUGAGCCGCUACACAGUGAGAGCUGUGUCUCAGCCAGUGACAUCAUGGCAGAGGUCAAUGCAUCAUUACCUGACCAGGGACAGGACGUGGGUGCAGUUUUGGGCCGCAUACUGUAUCAUGCUCUGCAUGGUCACUGCUUCAUCAGCUCUUCCCUGCCUGAGGAGAGCUACUUCCUGGAUUACCUCAUGGAUCAAGUGGGGUCAGAGAACUUUACUGUCAGAGAUUUGGAGGCUCUUAUGUGGAGUCUGAACCUAGGGCCACAACACGACCAUGACGCUCACGACCAUCAUGACCAUCUCGACCAUGACGAUGAACACGUGGAUCACGAUCACAGUGGUGCCAGGCGGAGGAAGAGGAGCAGCCACGGACAUCAUGAGGGACACGGAGGAAACUCGACCUGGGAUCAGCACUGUUUCUCUGCCGAAGAGCUGGUCCAGAUCCUUGGUUCUACGGCCAACGGCUCUGGUCUGGGUCGGUCCGACAUGGCUCGGCUCAGCCCCUCACUCGUCCAGCAGAUCCUGAGUGGAGCCUGCGUGGACAACACAGAGCAAGUGAAGCCAGAUGGACUCACCAUGACUGAGAGAUACCUCUAUGCAACUCUUGCCAAUGCCUUAAUUACGCUGACGUCCAUGUUUGGCAUCGUGCUGCUGCUGUGUACGUACUGCACAAGUAUGUUCCAGUUGUGCAUCCAGUUUUGCGUCAGUCUGGCUGUGGGUUCUCUGACUGGAGAUGCUCUACUCCACCUCUUGCCCAUGUUUCUGGGUUUACAUGUGCACUCAGACGGCGGCAAUGGCCACGAGCACCAAACACAAGCACGCCACAGUCACCAGGAGGAAACUCCCGACUACAUUUACAAGAUGUUGGUCGUGUUGGCCGGGAUUUACUACUUUUACCUGAUGGAAACAAUCUUCGCUCUCGUCGCAUAUAAGAAUAACAAUCACCACCAUCACCAGCACCAUCAUGCGGAAGAAGCAGAGCCUCACCACUGUGACCAUGGGAGGGUUUUAGAGAUGUAUCAACAGGAAAGGACACAGAAAAACAAGUCAACCUCAAAAGCAGACCUGGUUGGCUAUGAAGAUGAGAAAACAAUGUCAGAGUCAAAAGAGCGCACUCGAGAACAGCGUUUGCUGCCCUACAUGAUAACUAUCGGUGAUGGGAUCCACAACUUUGCAGACGGUUUAGCGAUAGGUGCAGCUUUCUCCCUGUCAUGGAAUUCUGGUUUGGCCACGUCAAUCGCUGUCCUCUGCCACGAGCUACCACACGAACUGGGCGACUUUGCCAUUUUGCUGCACAGUGGUGUGUCUGUGCGCAACGCAUUGCUUUUAAACAUCGGCAGUGCCAUGACCUCAUUUAUUGGCCUCUAUAUUGCUCUGUCAGUUGCCACUGACCUGGCAACCCAACAGUGGAUAGCUGCCGUCACUGCAGGACUCUUUCUGUACGUGGGACUGGCUGAUAUGCUCCCCACCAUGAUUCACGUCAGCAACAAGAGACCCUGGCUGAUAUUUGUGCUGCAGAGUGUCGGCCUUAUCAGUGGGUGGGGCAUUCUGUUAUUGUUGUCACUUUAUGAAGAGAGGAUUAGCUUUUAGUACACAGACUCGUAACGGGACGCAUAAAGUGCAUUUGUGUGCAGUUUGUGCUUCCAUUUGUGCCCACUGUAAAACUAAUGAAUGUGCAACCACGAUGAUAUACCUCUUGUGAAGUAAUUAAAGUUAACCAUAUCUCUUAAAGCAGCACUAUUUAACUUUCACUGCCAAAUUGUAAGUAGAUUUUUGAUGAUUUUGAGUGACUUUGCUUGAACUUGCUGGGCAGUUUAAGCCACUUCCACACUGGUCAAAAAAACCACAAACACCCUGGCUUUUGUCUGCACUAGAAAAUGAACACAAUUAGCAUUUACUCCUGGGUCAAAGGACUUUGCAAAAGACGUGUGCUUUUAAAACUCCAGCUCCCACUGCCUUUGGUUUACCUGUGUUUAAAAGAUGAGGUAUAGAUGAUGCAGAGGUGGAAUGAAUAAAGGCACUAAAGGUAGUGGCCCAUCAAAAUGCUUUUGAAGCUUUAUUUUUAAGUUAGAUAAAGGUUACAUUGUGUGGCUUUAAAUACCUUUGAAAUGGGCUUAACUUACCACUUUUUAAGUGUUGUUACUAAAUCUGUGCAGAGAAAUGACAUGGUAUGCGGCCUGUGACCUUCUCUUUUGUAAUCAAUACAGUAAGUUAACAUUUUAUUAGUAUAGUUGUAUACAUACCAUGUAUAUUACAGCCAUGGAAGCUGAAGCAAAAGCUCUGAAACUGAAUAUGAAUAACUUUGUUAAAGUUAAGAUAGGGUAGAGUUCAGAGUUCUUAUGAAGCUCAAAUUACAUUUUUCAAAAGUGUAUGUAGAUAAUUUAGUUGUAAAACUAACUUUUAUCAUUACUGACAUUAUAACAUUGGUCCUUUGUUCACACUAGAAUUUAUCCUCAUUCUUAUGAUACAUUUUGUAGCACACACAUUUAGAGACACAGUAAUGGACAAAUGUUUCCCCGUUGUGCAAGAUUAGAAAAUAUGCUAUCCUCAGUGGUUGUUUUUGACACUUAAAUGAUAGUUUCGUUUGUUUCUUUUUAAUUUCUCAGCACUGAUAAAUGUCAUAAUGACGACAGCUGAUGUUGGAUUACGUGAACGCUCCCUUUGAAUUCCUUGUACAGAAUUGUUAUUUUUGUACUUUUUAUUAAAUGUGCUUGUUCUCGAGGCAUUAGGAAAAAAAAAAAGUGUCAAACCUGCUAUUAACUCAACUAUGGCAUGUCUUCUGUGUUUUGCUUUGUUUGAAAUUAAAAAUUCCAUUCAUGAA